AUGCAAGGUACCUUAAGUCUGGGUAAAGAAGUGGUUCAGACUCUAACACGUUUUCUUGGAGACUCGAUUCCUAUGAACGCACGACGUUCAUUAAUGCCCCUACAAGAAGAUAAAAUAACGGAGGUCGUUAAAAUGUCGCUGCUUUGUCGAGACUUGGACCUCUGCCAGGAAGGCAUGCAUAAAUUCGUCAACGAAUACGUAACAGUGCAAGCAAAAGGUAUGGAAAAUCUGUUAAAUGCAUUAUUAAACGGUUUUAAUAGCGAUGUGUAUGAACUGCGAUUAAAACACACUUUGGAUUCCAUAAGAUUAAUGUUAAAGGAAGAUAAUGGUGAUAACAACGAUGAGAAUAUCUGGAUUAAUAUCGUUAAGAAAAUAAGCGGUAAAUUUCAAGAAAUGACACUAUCAUGCGCGGAGGGUCAUUUACAAGUCGACAGAAAUAAAAUGGAUAAAAAACUAACGCAGAAAUUCAUUCUAGCAACGGUAAUAGUCGAAAUGAAAUAUUUGAACAAACUUUGUUAUGAGCGCCAUCUAUGCGUCAAAAGGUACGACUGCACUAUUAGUUUGAACUCGAUUCUUGAGCAUUUGAAAAUAACAGACGAAGCUAAAGCCAGGACUUUUAUAAAGUUUGUCUACGAAGCGUUGUACGAUACACCAUUUUACAAUUACUUAAGCGAAACGACGGCUCAUGAGUUUCAAGUAGUACUAAACGACAUGGCUUAUUCUGAUAGUGUACCGACUAAAGAAUUGCUGUCAGCUGUUCAAAAGAUAAUCGCCGCGAGAUUACAGUUUAUAACCACAAAUACAGAUGAGAAGUUAUCCCACGACAGUCUCCUUUUGCAUGCUAUUCUUACAGACUUGGAUAACAUUUAUAGUAAAAAAUCUAAUCCUUUUGCGGAAUUCUUAAACUAUUUCUUCACGUGGGUUAGCAAUGAGGAAUCCGUUAAUAUCAGUAAGCAUAUAAGAGAUAUAAUUGAAGAUAUUGGUAAAUAUUUGAAGUUGGUCUCUAACGAAUUGUUAGAUAAACUUACCGGUGAAGUUAGGGCCUUCUUGGAGAUGACAGUCGAUUCUGAUUAG